CAACAACCUUUUCUGUGCCUUUGCUUCUUUCCCCUCUCCCACCACCAACGACAAGAACAAGAAACAACAACAGCAACAGCAACAGCAGCAGCAGUAAUAGCAGCAACAUCAUCGACUCAUACGCACAAAUGAUCACCAACGGCAAAGGACCCAUCUUUGUAACAAACGCUGACGGCGACAAGGGCUAUGCUAUUGUCCAGCGCAUGCUCCAGUUCCCAUCCAAAUACUCACAUCUCCCACGGUAUCCCGUCUAUGCCGGCCUGCCCGAUGCAUCCACCGCCAGAGCCACCUCGCUCAAAGAACAGGGCGUAAACCUGCGUGCUUUUGAUAUCUUCAACGACCACACGGCUGCUGUCGACGCUCUGCGUGACGUGGCCAAGCUCUGCUUGAUUGUGGAUCCUUUGAGCGAACGCAUCAGUCGUGCCAAUGCGUUCCAAUAUGCCAAGGCAUUCAUCGACGCAGCCAAAGAAGCGCAAGUCAACCACAUCAUUUUCCUAACACCGUUUUCGCCGCUCGACCCCGUAUCGCCGCCAUCGUCGCCCUUCCGCGAUCCCGCCCAGUGUGUCAGCUUGGCCGACCCAACCACAUACCGCAGCCAAUACAUGAUGAUUGAAACCUAUCUGCGCACCCAAUGCGACAACUGCACCAUCCUGCGCUACCCAGGCAUCCUGUACGAGCACUUGCGCGUCUUUCGCAAAUACAUUGUCGAGAACAACGCCUUUCCGGUGUCAGGCCAGCAUCUUGAAUUCGCCAUCGAGUCCUCCAGCAUGGCCGAUAUCGCCCAUGGGACCGCCUGUAUUGCGUAUGCACCCACUACGCGCCAUCGCAGCAACGUGUACAAACUGACUGGCCCACAGCUGCUCACAUUGGAAGAAGUCAGCACGCGCGUCCUCAGCUGUCUCCGACGCGAAGAUGCCGAGCUUAACCUGAUCGACCUCAAGGCGCUGGAGCAGAUUCUGUACGAAAGCAUCGGCAACCAGGAACAUGUUGCGUUCCUGCUUGAGGUAUGGGGUCUCCAGCAAAAGUCAAUGGCCGGCGGCCGGUUUGAAAUCACCCGCGAUCUCGAGGCAUUGACGGGACAAAGCGGGAAAACUCUGAAUGAAUAUUUCGAGGAUGAUAACGUUCAAGAUGUAUUCCGCUCACCCAUGCCAACUCCUUUCGUUGCCUAAAAGAGUAACCUACACACUGCCCUAUUAUACUACUACUACUACUACCCUCUUCUUUUGCAUAUACAUACUGAACCUGUUUCCCCCCCCCUACUUUUCAUAUACACAUCUCAUAUACAAAGAAACACCUCGCUCGCUCCCUCUUCUCUCUCUCUCUCUCUCUCUUACUCAUAUGCACAUACACUAAAAUAACUGUAUCUACAUCUACAUCAUCAUCAUCAUCAUCAUCAU